AUGACUUUUGUACUCUUUCUUGACCAUCCUGAAACACCACCCAAAUUGACCACACCUUAUGAGGAAAAAAUGUGGAUGUUUAAAAGAAAUUCCAGGUCACGCAUGAAAGGCUCAGAAGCUUUUGGUGAAAUUAUUUCAAUAGGAGCCCAUCAACUUGGUUUUCUCACCACCCUUGGUCAUGUGCAUCUCACAGGUCAGACUUCAAUUUAAAUUGCCUCAGUCAAUGUUGAUGUAAUCUUUAUAAAAAUGACAGUAUCUUUGGUUCUACAUAAAAAAAAAUUUAAUAAAAAUAUUUCUCUUUGCAAAUUUAUCUGUUGACUAAGUAAAGGUCUGUCCUUAUUCUCCCAUUCAAAAUUGUGUAAAUUAUGAGUUGUUAAGUAGUUGUAAGCAUAAGAUUAGUUCUGACACUUGAAUCAUUUAAAACUCAGUGUUGUGUUUCAAUUGUUUCCUCUGCUGUGUACAGUGAUUGCUUGUUAUCCUUUUCUGACAGGCUUCACUGUUCAAGCCGUCCAUCAGCUGGUCAACAAAGAUGAAAUAUAUGAUUAUUGUGGUGACUUUCCCUCGCACAAACUUUGGGCCUGGCUUCACACGGGGAAAAGUGGAAAGUUUGAGUGGGGGCUGAAACAGCGUACUCGUGAGUAUUGGUCUAAUCCUCAGCUUUCCAACAAGUGCAUCAUUUCACAUCACAGUAUUUUAGCUUAGCUGGCUAACUAGGGGAAAAAUAAAUCUCUAAUCAGUGAUGAUGGGGCUUACAAUGAUAACAGGAUGUACAGCAGCACAUCUCAUGAAAACCCUUUUUUUUAAAGCAUGUUUCCCUGGUGAUUUGUUGUUGGCAAUAAAGUUUUUAAAAUUUUUGUUAUAGAAUCCAGGAAACAAGGUUUUGAGAACUAUAGCUUUCUGUUGGCUCUUAGAGUAAGGUACAAACAGAGAAUACAAAAGAAGAAUUAGAAGGAAAAGUUGAAAGAAAACACAAAUAAAAACUGAGAAAAAGAACAAUAUCUGAAACAAUACCAAAAGAAAUAACAUGUUAUUAAAUGCCCUGAAUAACAUUGAAUUACACUGCUACAUAGCUCUGCUCCUACAGGUCAUGAAAAAUAUACUUGAUUAACAAUACAGAUGCAUGAUGACCCUAUAGUAGUACCUAUUGUACUAAUGGCUAUUGAAAUUAUUCUUUUAAUUAUGUUUAUUUAUAAAAGAAUUCAUGUGGCAUGGUUUAACUGGUAGUACGUACACUGUCUUUACAUUCAGAAUCAGUGUGAGAUGAGAGGGCUAACAUACAGGUCUUGAAAUUACUAUUGUACUGUCAAACAUUUGUGGUGGCUACUUAAGAUGCACACAUGGCAGGACAGUUAUUACAAUUUUAUAAGUAUAAUAACCGUUGUAUCAAACGCUGUGUAUUUUUUAACACUUAGAUACUAUUGUAUCAAACGCUGUGUCUUUUUAACACAAAAGCGUUGACAGUAUGACUAACUGUAUUGAUACAGCUGUUAAUACACGCCUUACGCAACCACCAUAUCCUAUGUGGGAGUUUAGCACAUGGCAGGAUAUUUACUUCAAUAUUAUCAAGUGUCAUUGCUGAUUGGAUAAUGUUACAGGGCACUAUGUGUAAUCAGAAUUAUAAAACGUUUAGUAUUAUGCUUGCGUACACAAAAGUUUCUAAUUCAGUGUAAGAAUUCAGCGUACGGCUGUAUGUUUAACCAUCACAGUAUCAUCGUUAUGAGUCAAUUUUAUGGAGCUAACACAAGUAAAAAACACUGCCUAUUAUAAGUAAUGAACAGAAAUCGUUCUUUACUAACACCUAACUAAUUCAUUCUACAAACACAUGGCUACAAAAGUCGCGUAGCCUGGUCUACUUAUAGAUCGUCCAGAUGGCUGGACAGGGAAUAACACAGAGUGCGUUGUGUGCUCAGGUCAGCUCUAAAAACAGCACAUAAUUUCCCCAUGGGCACUCUCCCUAUAAGUAGACACAGGCAGAAAUACCGUAAAAAAACUAUGUAAAUCAUGGACCAAGUAUGUUUGUGGACUGUCUUCUCAGCUAGGAACUUGAUAAAAUUUACAAUCCUUAAAGACUCAAACCGAAUAAAAGUGAAAACCCCAAACCAAAACCCUGAAGAUUUCUAUGUGCCUGUUCAUGUUUAGUCUCGGCAAAGUGAGAUACACCAUUACAUUUAUAUAAGUUAAAUGGUCUUUGAGAUGGGGUUGGUACCCCCCAUGGAUCAAUGUGAAAUACCCUUAAUUGCCUAAUAUUAAAAUUCCUGUUAAAGAUGUAGACUUGCAAAUAUACUAAGAUAUAGAUAAUCCCCUUUCCAGGGAGAUAUAAUUUAUAGUAGUGCUUCGUUAAUUAAAGAUUGAUUGAUAUUUUGAAAUUCAUACACGUAUACAUUCUGCAUACAUUGAAAAAUGAAGUGGGGGAAGUAUCAAUAUUUACAUUCUUUUUGUACAAAAUGAGAUCAGCGUGAAUGUUAAUAAAUAAACAUCUAAAGAAUACUUUGGCUUUUAACAUUUUAAUUUAAAAAUAAUUAAAAUUUCUUUAAAAUGGUUUUUAAAGCAGUAUGGUAGGAGAAAAUUUGGAAAAUUUAGUUUUUCAAUAUAAUUACAACCUAGAACAUAUACCUACAAUAAUUAUUGUGGCUUUAAUAGAGCCAAUUUUCACCUAAAAAUCAGUUAAUAAGGCUAUUAAAAUAUCACCACAAUGUUUCGCGGUUAUCGUCAUACUAAUAAAUGGCUGGUAAGAUAUCACUAUAUUAAUAUUUAGCCUAGUACCAACACAUUAGUGUUUCCGUGCUGGUGAUGUAGUUAUUUUGUUUGGUGACCUACCUCCCUCACCCCUAUUGGUGGAGGGAAAAUAAUUUUUAACCGGGUCUCUUAAAAUUUUUGCUCUAAUGGGUCUCGAUGGAGACUUGCAAAAGACAUCUAAAUUGAUGGCAAAAAUCAUAAAAGUAAACAGGUCUUCAUUAAGCUUACUACAUAAUUAUUAUAUGAACCCGUGAUACAUGUGUUAUUUCUAAAUUAACAAUGUUAAUUAGGAUGAUAAUGAUGAAUUUCAAGAAAUUAAUGCAUUGAAAAGUCUAAGUUUACUUUAAAUUUUUUUUUUUUUAAAAUAAAACAAAUAUAAUAAUAGAAAUAUUAUCAUUCUCUAGAAUUAUUCAAUAUUAUUCACCUAUGCCUAUGACAACAUUGAUAAGCAUGAUAAUGAUAAAUCAAAAUGAAUAUCACAAAUUAAGGAAUUGAAUUAACCAAGGGUUCCAAAUUUUUAUUUUUGAAAAAAUUAAAACAAAAAUAAUAAACUUGUCUAGGCUAAAUAGAAAAUUAAUUUUUUUGGAAACAAAGGACAAGUAGGUCAUCAUGCAGCUGAGAGCAGUUUUCACAGAUUAUUAGUUAUAUAACAUAAGAAAACAGCAAGGCGUUGAGCAGUAAUGAAUAUCGCAUUGCCAGCCUAGAGACACAAAGUCUGACUUCUGGUAGAUAACCGAAAACCUCAGUCACUAUCGGCCAGAUGGCCAAAAAUGUCAGUCACUUUCGGCAGGAACCGAAAUUAAAUAUAAAGUUAAUUUUUCUGUUUCAGCCAAAACCGAAAUUAAACCAAAAGUUUACUUCUCUGUUUCUGCCCAAACGGAAACUAGGAAGAUACUGAUCAAAUGGUGACUUUCAGCACCGAAGCCGUAAAUGGGUCGGUCUCUAAUCCCAUACUGUUUUCUUCUCACAGAGAGUCCGGGAUCUAUUAAUUUUUCUCUUGCCAUUCUCCUCUUAAACCUUAAUCUUCUCUGUGCCGAAAUUCCAUAUUGGUCUUAUUUUAAAAGGGCCUUUUCAAUAGCAUGUUCCACCAAGUGACAGUGUUUCUUGUGCAGAAACCAUCUUAUGGCCUCCAGGUUGGUCAGCAGUAAAGCCUUUAGUCUUUGUAAGAUUAACUUCCUUAAGCAGAUCAGCCCAAAGGUAACAGAUAAACAUGAAAUCACAGAAAGCAUGUAAAAGAGCUUGUGCUGUACCUCUUGUAUCUAAUUUUUCCAGAUGAACACAUAGAGCUGCAGUUGCCGCCACACUUUCAUCAAACUCAUCUUUCUCUGUUUUAACAGCAGCAUGACGAACACUCCAACUUGUUUCUUGACAGUCUUUUCAGCGACAUUCCAGUGUGUUCAAUUAAAAGUUCCAUCGAUGAUUGGAUGCAGCAAAGAAGGAAACUAUUCUCUCAAGAGAACAGAAAAAUAUAACGCAUGGAGCAUUUUUGACAAAAGCGUGCCAUUUACGAAAGUUACUGAAAACUUCAAUCGACUCUGAAUCAUGGUCAAAACAGUGUCUUUCUGAUCUAAAUUAUAGGGUCAUCUCAUUUCUGACUCAUCAACCUAGAACUUUUAAUAAACCACGCAUUUGGAUCGGUUACAUCAUCUCAUUUCUGACACAUCAACCUAGAACUUUUAAUAAAACAAGCAUUUGGAUCGGUUACACGUGUGGAAAAUAUAUGUAUGAUGGGUUAUCCUUUUAUGAAAUUAGGUUAGGCCGAGCAGUGUGGGCUCUGUAUAUUUUCAAUUUUACAAAUUGGUGUCACCCCUGAGAUGGUGUCACCUGGUGAGGUCCGCACGCCCCCUAGCUACACCACUGUCCCUGUCAUCUCACUGAUCAAUCUAUCAUUCAAUAAAUAUUUCAACAUUAUUUUAUUCCCUAUGAGAUGAAUCAUUAAAACAGAACUCUUAUCGGUUGCAGAUAAAGCUCUGAGAAACAUUGUCGCUAGG